AUGGCAUCGAUCGCGCAGUCCAAACUCGACAGCAUGUACGAGACACCACCACGCUACACCCCCUUCGACUCCCGGGACCGCACACUUCACUCCGCCGGCAGCGAUCCAGAUCCCAUCCGACCCCGAAUCGCAAAAGAAGCAGAGCACGCGGCGGAAGAGGUAGCAGCACCGACGAGCGACCCCCAAACGAUGUCAUUACCACCUAGUUUCGUGGAACGGGGGGAAGUGCUGUGUGCCGAAGAGAUGACGACGCGGUAUACGGAUGCAGAAUGGGAGGAGAUUUUCCGGGAAGUGGAAGCGGAAGUGGAAGCGUGGUUGGCGAAAGAAGGGAAAGGGCAAGGAGGGGGGAAGAAGAAGCGGGUUGUGGACUUGGGUGAGGUGGCGGGGAGGAUUGAUCAUACGCUUUUGAAGUUGGAUGCGAAGGGCAUGCAGAUUGAUGAGCUUUGUAGUGAGGCUAGGAGGCAUGGGUUUGCGGUGAGUACAGCAUAGCAUACCGGACAGAACAGGAACAGGAACAGGAACAGGAACAGGACAUGCAAGGCUGACUUCCACUCAGAGCGUCUGCGUCCGACCCGCCUGGGUCCAACAGUGCACCAGCAACCUCCAAAACACCCGCAACCCGCACAUCAAAACCGCAGCCGUGAUAGCCUUCCACGAAGGAACGCAAGACCUCUCCUCCAGCAUCCUCGAAAUCCGCUCCGCCCUCGAAGCCGGCGCCGACGAAUUCGACAUCGUCCUCAACCACGCACUCCUCACCUCCUCCCCCUCCUCCUCCCCAAACGACAAAUUCGCCCAGAUCUACAACCACCUCGCCUCCCUCCGCCAGCAGGCGCCCGAGCCGAAGAUCCUCAAACUCAUCCUCGAGACCUCCCAGCUCACACGCUCCCAGAUCGUCGCCGCGGCCACCCUCGCCGCCGCCGCGUCGUACGAUUUCAUCAAGACCUCCACGGGCUUCAAUGGCGCCGGGGCGACGGUGGAAAACGUCCGAUUGAUGAGUGCCUGCUGCGAGGUUCUGGCGAAGAGGAAUGGCGGCGGGAAGAAGAUGCACGUCAAGGCGUCCGGGGGGAUUCGGACGUUGGGGGAUGCGGUGGAGAUGUUGGAGGCUGGGGCGGAGAGGUUGGGGAGUAGUGGUGGGGUUGGGAUUGCGAAGGAGGCGAGGGAGAAGGGAAAGGGGGAGGGAGGGGAUGGUGGGGAGAGCAUAGUAGGGGGGGCGACGAGGUUGGAGACGGAUUACUGA